AUGAAUGCGGAAAACUUAUUAGCAUACAAGGGACUGGAUGACACUCCCGAUGACUUACAAUUUUAUGGAUACGAUCCUAAUGAUCCACCGCCCUUCAAAGAUAGCGACAACAACGUUGUUGUUUCACCUAUAUAUCAUAAUGAGACCACUGCAGAAAUUUUAAUCAUUCUCCAAACAGUUGAUCCCCUCAGAUCUUCCACUGAAAUGGGAAUCGAUGUCUAUCUUGCUGCUCUUGGUUUGGUUGAAAACAUGCUGAGAGAGCAGAUGGAAUGA